AAAGAUUCAGUCAGAUUCCAUUCCAGUGGUUCGUUUUCAUAUUCGCUUCCUUCGCGUCUUCAACAUUCAAUCAAUCAAUCUCUGAAAAAGAAAAUAAAAUCCCUAAUUUAGCUUCAAAGACAUUUUCGGAAAGGAAUUAAAGGAUUGAAAACAAAACAAAAAAAAAUGAGCAGUCUGAGAACAGUAUGUAGGCCCCACACUGUAUUCACCUCCUUCAUGUGUUGCAGGCACCAAGCUCGAUCCAGAGUUAGGGUUUCAUUUCGGAACCCUGACUACAAGUCGCCGUUAUCUUCGCCUUCUCUUUUCUCUCCUUGGCUCCAUGGAAAUGAGCCCUGGUUUAGCGUUAAUCAGAGGAGAACCGUGGUCAGGGCUUCAAAUUGGCCCGAUCAGAAAUCCCCGUAUGAAACUCUCGAGUUGGAAAGAGAUGCAGAUGAUGAGGAGAUUAAAAUCGCUUACCGACGAUUGGCAAAAUUUUAUCAUCCAGAUGUUUAUGAUGGUAGAGGGACUCUUGAGGAAGGGGAAACAGCUGAAGCUAGAUUCAUCAAAAUUCAGGCUGCAUACGAGUUGCUCAUGGAUGAAGAUAAACGGAAACAAUACGAUAUGGAUCACAGGGUCAAUCCAAUGAAGGCAUCACAAGCAUGGAUGGAGUGGCUCAUGAAAAAGCGAAAAGCUUUUGAUCAACGGGGUGAUAUGGCUAUUGCAGCUUGGGCUGAGCAACAGCAGCGUGAAAUGAAUAUCCGUGCACGCCGUCUUUCUCGUUCAAAGAUUGACCCUGAAGAAGAGAGAAGAAUCCUCGCAAGGGAGAAAAAAGCAUCGGCGGAGUAUUUCAACAAUACUCUCAGACGACAUACGCUUGUCUUAAAGAAAAGAGAUUUGAUGCGAAAGAAAGCAGAAGAAGAGAAGAAGAAGGUUAUCAGUCAGCUUCUGGCUGCAGAAGGCCUUGAAAUGGACACGGAUGACGAUGAAGCUAUGUAAAGAAUGAUGCACAUAUGUUGACCCUCUACUCUCAAUUACACCUAAUACAUUCUGGAAUAUUAUUCAGCAGGAGCACACCGAUACAUAUUCUAUUUGUAGAAAAGUGAACUGUACAUAUGAUUAAUUUUCAGGUAAGAAAUGAAUGAGAAUUGCCAUUUAGGAGGCAAUUGUCAACCUAUUGCACAAAUGAAGUGUAGGUCCAUUAUGUCUAUAUUCAUUAUUAUUCCAGACUGGAAAUAGAACUAGAAGUAAUUACAAUCAUUUUCUUCUGCUUCUCCUU